UGUCGUUGGUUUUUAGAGGAAAACCGACGAACCGAUUGACAGGAGCCAACAGCAGACGUUUUCUGGACUCACCUGAAAAAACUGUAAGGUGGUAAAACAAAUUAGUGGUAAAUAUUGUAAUUGGGCCUGUGAGAGCAGCGUGAUGUCCGGCGGGAUCCGCUGCCAUAGAAACGCUAGCUCCUAGCUACAAGCUAACAUUAGCUUCUGCUCUCAAAGUUGCACCAAAAAAAAAAAGAAGAAAGAAAAAGGCGGAAUUUGCGUUAAAACUCAAAAUUACGCUCAGCAAAACUGAUAACAGAAUCUGGCACUGUUUUUCAAGGAGACAGUAAGUGUUUUGUGGAACAUUUGGACCGAGUGGUCAUGUUUCAGAGGAGCUACCCCAACCUGUCGGUGGUGACACGUGUGGUGAACAGCGAUCGUGAGAACUUUGUGGUGAGGCGAGAGGUCAGAAGAACCGAUUUCAUGGUUCACGGAGGUAAAAAGCACGAUGACAGAACUGCACCACAGUUUCGCAACCGUAAAGGCAGAGGCCCUCACAAGGGUCGAGCGUAUGAUCGGUCUCGCAGAGACCGUCAGCGGGGAAACCACUCUGGAGGGUUUGGAGGUCCCGGACCACGGUCCAGGCUUGAAGAUACUGAUGGAGAUGUAACCAUGAGUGACAGUUCUCAGGACAACAGCUCCCAGAACAGAUUUAACCCAUAUGGAAGACCUUUUCGGAAAGGAGAUGGGCGGUUUGACAGAGACAGGCGACAAGGCAAAGGGGGAGGCAGAGGUGGAGGAGGUGGCGCCUUCAGAGGAGGAGACCGAGGAAGCGGGGGAGGGAAAAACCCAUCAGGCUGGUACAAAGUAACGAUACCACAUGGAAGAAAAUAUGACAAGAAGUGGCUACUGACAGCUCUCCAGAACAUCUGUUCAGUUACAUACACACCUGUACAGUACCAUGUGGACCAUAACAGGGUCCAUUUCUAUGUGGAUGAUUCCUCUGCUGCCAGUGCUUUACACAAGUGUUCACACAAAAUCACUGACACAGAUGGUUAUAAGGUCGAAGUGCAUGUCAACAAAAGUGCUCCACCGUCCUUCCUUCUCUCUGACCUGAAGCCUGAACACUUGGAGCACCUGAAGCAAUGCAUGGCAAAACGUUUCGAUGGCUCCCAGCAAGCGCUGGACUUGAACAACAUUCGAACGGACCCAGACCUGGUGUCCCAAAACAUUGAAGUGAUCCUGAACAGGAGGACAAACAUGGAAGCUGUCAUCAAGAUAAUUGAAGAAAACAUUCCUGAGCUAACAUGCUUAAAUCUGAGUAACAACCGGAUUCAUAAACUGGACGAACUAGCUGAAUUGGUUACCAAGGUGCCUAAUUUGAAGACGCUCAAUCUUUCCCACAAUGAGCUGAAGUCUGAUCGAGAGCUGGACAAGUUGAAAGGCCUGAAGCUGGUGGAGCUGUGGCUAACUCGAAACCCUCUGUGUGACAUCUUCAAAGACCAGGCUUCAUACAUUAGUGCUGUGCGGCAGAGGUUUCCCCGGCUUCUCAAACUGGAUGGUCAUGACCUCCCCCCACCCAUUGGAUUUGAUGUGGAAACGCCCACCACUAUUCCCCCCUGCAAGGGCAGCUGCUUUGGCUCAGAUGAAAUCAAGGGGCUCAUCCUUCGGUUCUUGCAACAGUACUACAGUAUCUAUGAUUCGGGGGACAGACAGCCACUUCUGGAUGCCUACCAUGAUGGAGCAUCCUUAUCGAUCACAACACCGUAUUCCACCCAGAACCCCUCCAGGAGCAGUCUGGGAGAGUACUACAAAGACAGUCGAAACCUGAAGAGAAUCAAAGACUCGACGAUCCGCUUUCGACUGCUGAAGCACACACGACUUAAUGUUGUGGCUUUCCUCAACGAGCUGCCAAAAACUCAGCACGACAUCGCCUCCUUUACGAUUGAUGUGAACACCUACACGAAUACACUACUCUCAUUCACAGUGAGCGGAGUCUUCAAAGAAGUUGCUGUUGAUGGUAAAUCACGAGAAUCCACAAUGGCCUUCUCUCGAGUUUUCAUCACAGUCCCAGCAGGAAAUUCUGGUUUGUGCAUCGUCAACGACCAGCUUUUCAUCCGAAUGGCCACAACAGAGGAGAUCCGCCGAGCCUUCGUGGCUCCUGCCCCAACCCCAUCUUCCAGCCCCGUCCCCACCCUCACCGCGCCGCAGCAAGAGAUGCUCACGGCCUUCUCACAGACGUCGGGCAUGAACCUGGAGUGGUCACAGAAGUGUCUACAAGACAAUGAGUGGGACUUCAAUAGAGCAGCGCAGAUCUUUACUCAGUUAAAGGCUGAAGGCAAGAUUCCCGAUGUAGCGUUCAUAAAAUAAAGAGUGGAGUCAAACAUCUGCGAAAUAAAUGCAGCAGUUAUUUAUGACUUUUCUUUUAUUCUCACUUUUUGUUUAACUACAAAUAAUGUAGAUCAAGUUUACUUGUGUUAACUGUUUUAACAGCCAAAUGUCAUCUGUUUGACCUGAAGAAUGAUGUUCUGCUACUGUUUUUGGUUACUGUAAACUUUGGUCAUUGUAUAGAUAUCACUACACAUUUUUUAUAGGAAUAAAGACUGGGCAGAUGUAGU